AAUCGUCUGGGGCCUCUCUCUCUCUUCUAGAUCCCUUUACUUUUCUCUCUUAAAGCAAAACCGUUUUCCUCUGAUAUUUUUUCUUUUUCCAGGAUUCCUGGCGUGAGCGAAAUACUUUUCGAUCUGAAUCUGACAAGAGAAAAUGAGGAGGAGUUUCAGUUUCUUCGAGCGAUUCUCGAAAGCUUUCCAAGACUAUCCUUCCCUCUCCCGGAUCAUCGUCGUCUCCACGAUCAGUGGUGGUGGACUCAUAGCCUACUCCGAGGCAAAUGGAACAAACGCUGUUGUUGAAACUGGAACCAGGAAGAAGAAGGUGGUGCUGCUCGGAACUGGAUGGGCUGGCACUAGUUUCUUGAAGAAUUUGAAUAACUCUCAGUAUGAGGUUCAGAUUAUAUCGCCUCGAAACUACUUUGCUUUCACUCCCUUGCUGCCUAGCGUUACUUGUGGCACUGUUGAAGCUCGCAGCGUUGUUGAGCCUAUUCGAAACAUUGGCAGAAAGAAGAACGUUGAUACGUCUUACCUAGAGGCUGAAUGUUUCAAGAUUGAUCCAGCAAGCAAGAAAGUGUUCUGCCGAUCCAAACAAGGCGUUAGCAGUGGGAAGAAAGAAGAAUUUUCUGUUGACUAUGACUACCUUGUAAUUGCUACUGGAGCUCAGUCUAACACUUUUAACAUACCUGGAGUGGAGGAGAACUGUCAUUUUCUGAAAGAGGUUGAAGAUGCUCAAGGAAUCCGUAAAAAGGUGAUUGAUUCCUUUGAGAAGGCAAGUCUACCUGAACUAAGCGAAGAAGAGAGGAAGAGAAUCCUGCAUUUUGUGGUUGUUGGUGGUGGGCCAACUGGUGUUGAGUUUGCCGCGGAGCUGCAUGAUUUUGUUAGAGAGGAUUUAGUCACACUCUAUCCUAAAGCCAAAGAUUUAGUGCGAAUCACGCUUCUGGAAGCCGCGGACCACAUCCUAACCAUGUUUGACAAGAGAAUCACUGAGUUUGCGGAAGAAAAGUUUAGCAGAGAUGGUAUUGAUGUGAAACUGGGCUCCAUGGUGACCAAAGUGAAUGAGAAGGACAUAUCUGCUAAAACCAAAGGAGGAGGGGUUUCCUCAAUUCCUUAUGGAAUGAUUGUCUGGUCAACUGGUAUUGGAACUCGUCCUGUAAUCAAAGAUUUUAUGAAACAAAUUGGUCAGGGUAACAGACGUGCUCUGGCCACUGAUGAAUGGCUUCGCGUGGAAGGGUGUGAUAACAUAUAUGCCCUUGGUGAUUGCGCAACAAUUAACCAGCGUAAAGUCAUGGAAGAUGUUUCUGCAAUUUUUAGCAAAGCAGAUAAAGACAAUUCCGGGACGCUGACUCUGAAAGAGUUUCAAGAGGCAAUGGAUGACAUUUGUGUUAGAUACCCUCAAGUUGAGCUCUACUUGAAGAGUAAACGCAUGCGUGGCAUUGCGGAUCUUCUAAAAGAAGCCGAAGCUGAUGAUGGAUCCAAGAAGAACGUCGAACUGAAAAUCGAAGAGUUCAAAUCGGCUCUUUCUCAGGUUGAUUCAGAAGUGAAGUUUCUUCCAGCAACAGCACAGGUUGCUGCGCAGCAAGGCACAUACCUUGCAAAAUGCUUUGAUCGUAUGGAAGAGUGUGAGAAGAAUCCAGAAGGUCCCAUUAGGAUGAGAGGAGAAGGUCGUCACCGUUUCCGCCCCUUCAGGUAUAGGCAUUUGGGAUCAUUUGCACCAUUGGGAGGGGAACAAACGGCGGCAGAACUUCCAGGAGAUUGGGUUUCUAUUGGACACAGCAGCCAGUGGCUCUGGUAUUCCGUCUACGCCAGUAAGCAAGUGAGCUGGCGCACGAGAGUCCUUGUGGUUUCUGAUUGGAUGAGGCGUUUCAUCUUUGGUAGAGACUCGAGUAGCAUCUGAGUAUAACAUCACCAAAAGGUCUAAAACUAUCUACACACUCUGUCUCCCCCCCUUUAUGCUGCCAACCAGCUUACACUUUUAACUUCUCUUUCUCAUGUGAAAAGAAAGUUUUGAUUUUUGUUGUUUUUCAUUUCGGCUUUACAUUUGUAAUAAAAUAAUCACUACAAAGAUUGCGAGGAGAUUUGCUUCGUUCAUUGGUCGUACUGAGAGUUUGCGCUAUGUCUUUUUAAAAAUAUAUUUUCCAUUGCGGUUUUGGUUUUUCUGA